ACGUAGCACAUAUUGAUAGGUAGCACUACUCGACAGUACAGCGGUUUGAGCUACUCGAGUUUACCAUCACGCGUCAGAAAGUUCAUUUAGGUUAAGUUUCGCAGCUUGUUUCUGUUUUAUUUAGCUACCGUGUCGCAAAUAAGGCAACAUAACACGUUUUUGCAAAUGUUUGGAUUUUAGCUUCAAUGACACAAUGGUGCCAUGUGCGAAUCUUUCCCAGACCCACGUUGAACCAGGCUGGACGGAAAAGUGACUGGUGCCAAUGGUGACACUACACUGCCUGUACAGUUUCAUGGUCUGUGUGGUUUUAGAUCUUGUCAUUCAGGAGUAGUAUAUUUAAAAUGCACAUCAGUAAGAUAUUUUCACUGCUGAAAUGUGCUGGUCAUCUACAGCACCGUCAUAAUGUGCUGGCUAAAGCAGCUGUUAGCCGUGUAGCAGUCAAUUUUAGUUCAGUUUCUUCUGUCAGCACUAAAAAGAAUAGAAGAACAAAACUACUCAGACCACCAGGCUGGGAGACUCUCACUUGGGAGGAAAGACUGGCUGAUGCUGUGACUCCCCUGUGGAGAAUGGGCUAUGAAGAGCAGCUCCAGUGGAAACAGACACAGCAGCACAAGAUCUUACUUCAGAUGACAAAUGAGGUGCUUCAGGACUCAUCUGUCUUGUCUAACAAGGGAGAGCUCCCUUUUCCACUGCUACCCAUCAUUCCCUCACCAGUGAGGUAUGGAUACCGCAAUAAAUCAACCUUCUCUAUCAACAGAGGAGUCGAUGGAAAUCCAAAGACGGUAGGUUAUUAUAUUGGCACUGGAAAAAGUGGAAACAUUGUGUGUGUCCACGGUGACCAUCUUUGCAACGUACCAUCGAAGCACAGCCUAGUUGCAAGGUGUUACGAAGAUUUCAUACGUGUAUCACCAUUGCAGCCAUGCAUUUUGUUUCAUGAUGGUGGACACUGGAGAGAAAUUACAGUGAGAACAAACUCUGCUGGUAACACCAUGGCUAUCGUAUACUUCCAUCCACAAAAGCUAACUACUGAGGAGAUAAAUUUCCAUAAAGCAGCUUUAGUGGAGUAUUUUACAGAAGGUCCUGGAGCCAUUUGCCAGCUGGACUCGCUUUAUUUCCAGGAAAGUACCAUGACCAGAUGCAGUCAUGAAGAGUCUCCAUACCAGCUUCUGCAUGGAGAGCCACAUAUCUAUGAGGAGGUUCUCGGGUUCAAGUUCCGCAUCUCUGCUGAUUCCUUCUUUCAGGUGAACAGGGGUGCAGCAGAAGCCCUGUAUAACACUGUUGCAGAGCUGAGCCAGAACUGUGAGAAUGGCACACUGCUGGAUGUAUGCUGCGGUACAGGAGCUAUUGGCAUCUCCUUAAGUAAAAGAGUGAGGAAGGUCAUCGGUGUUGAGCUCAUUGAGCAGGCUGUGGAGGAUGCAAAACAUAACGCAGCUCUAAAUGACAUUCAGAACUGUGAGUUUCUUGCAGGAAAAGCUGAGGUUAUUCUUCCUAAGCUGAUGCCCACCUUGGGUUCUGAGGGUGGGCUCACAGCUGUUGUGAAUCCUUCUAGAGCAGGCCUGCAUUACAGAGUGAUCCGAGCCCUGCGCAACCAUACGGACAUACGGAGACUUAUCUACGUAUCCUGCAAGCCGGAGGGAGAAGCUAUGAGAAACUUCAGGGAGCUUUGUGGGAAACCAAAUUGGCAGAAGAAGCUCACUGGAGAGGCCUUUACUCCAACAAUGGCUUUCCCAGUGGACAUGUUUCCACACACACCUCACUGUGAAUUGGUGCUUAUGUUUGAACGAUAAGCCUAACAACAGCUCUGAGAAUGAGGAGACUCUUGAGAUUUACUGUUUUACAGGCUUAGAAAAUGACCUAAGUUUUUUUUCUUGGUAUAAUUCACUGUAUGUACCUUAAAUUACAUUUCUAAAGGCAGUCAUGCCUCCAAAGCCUG